AUGACUUACUCACCAUGGCAAGUUCUGGACAAUGGCUACGCAGCAUCUGAUGAUCAACCGCUCCUCUUGUUUGCACAAACUAUCAGCACUACGGCCGGACUCUAUGUUCAGUCAAUGGCAAGCAAGGCACUUGUGGCAAUAGAGAACGCGAUGUAUGCUACGACCAACACAGGUGGCAGUUUGGUCAUGCAGCUCUGCGAGUCCAGCUACGAUAGUAACCACAUUUUUAGCUUUAUAGCCACAAAUAAUAAGUCCUUCACAUUAGUACAAUAG